AGGAAAGCUUCACUUGUGCAUCACUUCGUCGGCUCUGAAUUAUUAUUGCGGUCUUCUUGGACUGACUUGCGCGAAGGAAAUAUACACAACAAAAUCUCCACCACAGCCUAGAUUUUUAAUCAUUGUUGCUAAACCUCAUCAUGGCGAAAAAGGACAAUCAAAGCGACGCCGACAAAGAUCCCAACCAACUCGGAACAAUUCCUCGCGAACGCACGGAACCACGACCUGACUUCACCAAACCUCUCCCACGCGGAAAACUUCCUUCCGAGCUCCAACAAGCCUUCGACGACAACGACUCAGGACUAUGGGAGACCAUCUCCGAAGGCAAAGCCGGCGAAACAACCGAGUCUAACGUCCGUUAUGCCGCCUACGCCGCCCGUCUCCGAACAAUCAUGCUCUCCGCGCACCGCUACGUCGCCUAUACUAGUGAUAUCGGCGAGUCCUUCCGACCGGUCGCACACCCCAACUGGGUCCGCGCAGCAUAUGGAAUCAGUUGGGCGUACCUGAUUGGAGAUGUGUCGCACGAGGGCUUCAAGGCAUACAAGCAAAACCAGCGGAUACUACACCCGGAGACGGACGAAGAUCGACGAGAGUCGGAAGUGCACGGCAAGAAAAUCCCCGCGAUUGAGGAUUUCCGCGCGGUCAUGGCGCAGCGGGCCGUGUUUCAGAGUAUUGCGUCGAUGGGUCUGCCGGCGUUUACGAUUCACAGUAUCGUGCGGUAUUCGGGGCAGGCGUUCAAGAAUGUUAAGAAUGUGAGAUUACGGACUUGGGGUCCGAUUGGUCUUGGACUGGCGGCUGUUCCGGCGCUGCCGUUCAUGUUCGAUCAUCCCAUCGAGACUGCGACGGAGUACGUCUUUCACAAGGCUUUUGAGACAAUAGGAGGACCAGAAGCCGUGGGCAAGGUCGCUCAUGGCCAAGGAGCAACCAUCACGGAUAAGCUGAAGGAGAAGGUGAUCAAGGAGAAGGAGCUGUAGUACGGCCCUUCUGCUUGAUCUUCCACUUCGAAUUCAGAAUGGCUGUUAUAGAUUUUGCCGGCA